AUGGCUGAGCCUCUGCGGCGGAUGGUCAGUGCGGCCACUUACAGACUACUGCAGAGCAGACUUGAAGCCUGGAGUAAGGACUACCCGUUUAACACGUGCGAUCAGAACUUGAACCGAUGCUGUGAACUGAUUGAACUGACUUCAAAAGUCCAAGGACAGCUUUUCUCCAUUUUCAAUCUUGCGGCAAGUGAAGGUGGCCUUUAUUCUGGUGCUGGUACCAUCAAAUCCCGCUUCCUGCCAUGGUUGGGGUCCAGCUUCACAGUUCUCUCUUCAAGGUUAAGCUCUGACACCAGCCUUGCCCUCUUUGAGGAGUCUGCUGAAAAAGAUAAGAAACUGAGGGAACAAGCGGCAACUCACGAGCAGGAGAUAGAAGAACUGGAGGCCGAGUUAUCCACAACACGCCGUCACCUGGGAGCUAUCAAACAGGAGUUAGCAGAAGCUCAUCUACAAUUGGAUGAUACGCAGAACAAAUCAACAUCUGCAUUCCUAGCAACAGAGGAUGAAAUCUUUCAACUGAGAUCUGAGCUGAGAGCUGCUCAGGAGCAAGCCAGGUGUUACAGACUGAAAGUGGAUUUAUUGGAUGACUACGAGCGGCAGGUCAGACAUCUGAAGGAUGAAGUCGGAUUUCUAAAUGCAGAGAAAUCCAUGCUUCAGGACAGAAUCUCAGGGCGUCGUUCACCCAUCCCUUUCCAAUCUCUGACCACCCAUUCACCAUCCCACGCUAAGAUGACCUGUGGUUCUCGCCACGCUCGGCUGGUUUCACGCUUCGGCAAUCUUUAUGCCAAUGAACGACUGAACACACAAAACGCCCUCAGACGCUACGUUGAUGACCUAGAAAUGGUGCAGAAAAUAAUAUUCAUUGCCACCACGGAAGCAUUCAGUGUGGCCAAGGCAGCUUUCCGACAGUUCAAACAGCGAGUGAGGAAAAACUUUUCGCUCUCUAACCUCGGACCGGAGUCCCUGGAUGAUGCUAUAAUGGAUUACAUCGUUCGCAACCUGGAUCUCUACGAUGUCCAGGCCAGCGUCACUGAUGUGAUCCGAAGCAUGAACGUCAAUCCGAAGAUCUCUUUCCCACCCGAGGUUGAUUUUGUACUGAUCAGUGCUUUUAUCCGUGACGUGUGCCGUGUAGCCUUUGCAAUGCAAACACUGGAGCCAACACUUGACAUCGCCUUUGCAACAGAUGGUGAACUCUUCAGUGAGAACAAGUAUCGCCGUAGCUAUGAUUCUGACUUUACUGCACCUCUAGUGGUUUACCACAUCUGGCCAGCUCUGAUGGAAAAUGACUACGUCAUUGCUAAGGGGGAGGUGUUCACAAAGAGAGGAGCUCUGUGGUCACCAAGGAAAAGCCGGAGCAGAAGUGUCAGUCCUGUUCGUUCUCGCUCUUCCAGCCCGACCCGUGCCCUGUCAUCACGAAGCCGCAGCCCCUCCCCAAUCAGACGAAGCAUUAGCCCCAGACAUUGAAGGUUAAUGAUUUAGUGGAUUUCUGAAGGCACAGAUGGAAACGGAUAUUUUCAGCACAGGAGGG